CUGCUUGCAGCUAGAUGGGGGUGUCAUCGUCGCACGCGCGUGGAUCAGGUUUCACCGGACGAACCGCGUCUCUCGCGCAGGCCCGCGGUAACGACAAUGGCGACUGGAAAAAGCACUCACCUUUCCCGUUUCCUCUAAAUAUCGCCGCUGAAAAUGCGCUGUUCGGGGUGUGACGCUGGAAACAUGAGUAUAUAUAUCCUGUGAAUAAUAUUGUGUUGGCGGUGAAUCGCGCGCGUGCGCGCGCGUGUCACGGCAGCUUUAAUAAUAAAGGAUUGAAGAUGGCGGAAUUUUCUCCGGUGCUGCCUCCGCUGCGGGAUGAUGGAGGAGGCGGACGGUACGGACAGCCGUUGUUCCCCAGAUCCCGGUCCGGUUCGGAGUCGGACAGCGAGCUGUCGCAGAGUUUGGCCCGUACAAAGACGCGCUCGUAUGGCAGCACCGCCAGCGUCACUGCGCCGUUAGGAGAGAAAUACAUAGAGCACCGGGUAACGGACGGGGACACACUGCAGGGUAUAGCGCUCAAAUACGGUGUUACGAUGGAGCAAAUUAAACGAGUCAAUAAACUAUUCAGCAAUGACUGCAUAUUCUUGCGAAACACUCUAAAUAUUCCUGUUAAGUCAGAAAAACGCUCCCUCUUUAACGGACUGUCUCUGGAGUCACCCGACAGCGAGGGAGGCACACCGCAGGAGUCGCCGUGCGUGAGUCAGGACAUGGACGCUCCAUCGCCCCCGCCGGAACCGUCCGUCCCGGAGCCCAACAACCGGCCCGUGCAGGCCGAAGAGCUGUCAGCUAAAGACUACUUACACCGGCUGGACUUACAGAUCAAACAGUCCAAACAAGCCGCCCUCAAACUGAAAGAGGACGGUGGGAGAGAGGAAGACGACCCGGCAAACUCAGCGUCAUCGUAUCAGGAGAUCUGAUGGCUUCUUCUUCUUCUUCUUCAUCCGUUUACUUGCAGCGCUGACAAUGACCCAUCUUCAUUUUCCCCCGUUUUGCCUGAUCACUUUCUAACCCGACCUGCGACACCGGACCGUGCUCUUGUGCUGAAGGUCCAUCAUUGCCUUCUUCAGCAGUAUUAUAGUGACUUCAUUCCUGACUUUUAGCAUCAAUGCUCACAUAACGGUAAAGAAGCUACAGCUGAGCUCGUCUUCUUUAGCUAUCCACGCGUAGAUCACACACUUAUGAUAACCUCUGCUCAUAUCAAACGCCGUCUCUGCCGUCUAUACAGUAACGUAACGCUCCCCGGACUCCGUGUGGCUGCCUGCUGAUUUUAAUUUAUCUUUUCGUUUCGUUUUGCCUAUAAGAGCUUUACGUGUGGGGUUGAAAGGUAGGAAUAAUGCUGUUUUUUGGUGUGAAUGUUGUGUUUUUGUGUGUUGGGGUUUAAUAAAAAAAAAUAUUUUACUGUGCUGUUUGAUUUGGAUUAUGCAGAAUAAAUGCUUCUGUAAAUUAAAA